AUUUAAUGAUAUCCCUUGUCAACUUGUUUAUACCAUUUAGAUAGGCUCAUAGACUUUCAAGAAUGAAUGUUUACAACUAAAGAAGAGUUCUGUACAAGUUUUGCAGUGAGAACAAAAAAACAGAAGAAAUUGAGAAAUAACCCUCAUUAGUUAUAGAUAUUUUACACACCGUCAAAGAUUCAGCCAUUGGAUCAGCUACGAAAUUAACAGAGAAGGUCAAAGACUCAGCCGUUAAAUUUAAAACAGAUGCGAAUCAAAAUUAGGAGACAAGUAUUGGAAAAACAUGUUUAAACAUCGCCAAAUUAGCAUGGAGGAAAACAUUUCCUAGUCAUGAUGAUGAAGUAAAGGCUAGAAUGGAAACAGUCAAGGCAAAGUUAGCAGAGAGAAAGAAAGAAGAGGAGAAAUUGGCUUAGAUGAGUGAAGAAGAAUUGGCAGCAGUAUGAAUUAAAAUUUAUUUAGAUUUAAGAGAAAAUUCCAGAAUGGAAAAGAAAUGCCAUCCAAGCUACUGAUCAAGGAACAAGUGAAGAAGCAUCUCUCAAAUCCAAAAUUGCAUAGAAGAUUUAAAGUAGACUCAAGCAGAGCGAACAAGGUCAACAUAUAGUCAAUAGUGAAGCCUAUAAGGAGUAUGUAACAUUCAAAGCAGAAAUGAAACAAUUCAAGGCUGACUUAUCUGAUAGAAUCUAAAAUCACCCCAGCAAUUUUGUUUAAGUGUCUUUGUAUGCAGCAGUAAUUCAAUGUGUUAAUCAAUUAGAAAACAGUCACAAACGAAAGUGAUGUUGCCAGAGCCAUCAAACAAAUGAGAAUGAUCGACCCAGACUUUGACUUAUAUGAAUUAGAAAAGGAAGCGAAAGUGAUCUUCGAAUAAAUCUACAACCUUUAUUUGUUAGGAGAUUUGGAAUCCCUUUAAAAGGUGUGUGGUGAAGCUGCUCUGGGAUACUUCAAAGUAUUAUUGAAGAAACAAGAAGCUGAAGUACUUAUGAUGAUUAUAAUUUAUUAUUAGAAAUCUGAACCUAAACAUAAGCAAUUGUGGAAUGUAGAUGAAAUAAGAUUCACAAGAGCUAGCAUACCUGAUUCUGUGAAAUUACCUGUCUUCGUUUUUACAAUAAAGACUCAAGAAAUCUUUUGUUAUGUUAGCAAGGUAUGAUGAUAUUAAAAUAUCAAAAUAGAGUGACAGAUCGAAAAUCGUAGAUGGAGAUGAUGAGAGAAUCAUGUCUAUGGAUUACUAAUUUGCUUUGACUCCACAUUCAAAUCCUUCUUCUGACGAGUUUGGUCACAUUUGGGAAAUGAUCGAAUUGUAACCAUAAUAAGUUGUGAAAAUGCUUGUUUGAAUCUAUAUUAUAUAUAUGUUUUAAUAAACAUACCAAUCGUGCAG